AUGCACGGGGGUGGCCCCCCCUCCGGGGACAGCGCAUGCCCGCUGCGCACCAUCAAGCGAGUGCAGUUCGGAGUCCUCAGUCCGGAUGAACUGAAACGAAUGUCCGUGACCGAGGGGGGUAUCAAAUACCCCGAGACGACUGAGGGAGGCCGCCCCAAGCUUGGGGGGCUGAUGGAUCCAAGGCAGGGGGUGAUCGAGCGGACUGGCCGCUGCCAGACCUGUGCAGGAAACAUGACAGAGUGCCCUGGCCACUUUGGCCACAUUGAGCUGGCCAAACCUGUGUUUCACGUGGGCUUCCUGGUGAAGACGAUGAAAGUUCUGCGCUGUGUCUGCUUCUUCUGCUCCAAACUUCUCGUGGACUCUGACGACCUGACGCACAAGCUGGCCGACAUCGUGAAGAUCAACAACCAGCUGCGGCGGAACGAGCAGAACGGCGCGGCAGCACAUGUCAUCGCCGAGGACGUGAAGCUCCUCCAGUUCCACGUGGCCACCAUGGUGGACAACGAGCUGCCCGGCCUGCCCCGCGCCAUGCAGAAGUCCGGACGCCCCCUCAAGUCCCUGAAGCAGCGGUUGAAGGGCAAGGAAGGCCGGGUCCGGGGGAACCUAAUGGGCAAGCGAGUGGACUUCUCGGCCCGCACCGUCAUCACCCCCGACCCCAACCUCUCCAUCGACCAGGUCGGCGUGCCCCGCUCCAUCGCUGCCAACAUGACUUUUGCGGAGAUCGUCACGCCCUUCAACAUCGACAGACUUCAGGAGCUGGUGCGCAGGGGGAACAGCCAGUACCCGGGCGCCAAGUACAUCAUCCGGGACAACGGCGAUCGUAUCGACCUGCGUUUCCACCCCAAGCCCAGUGACCUUCACCUGCAGACCGGCUACAAGGUGGAGCGGCACAUGUGUGACGGAGACAUUGUUAUCUUCAACCGUCAGCCGACUUUGCACAAAAUGUCCAUGAUGGGGCAUCGGGUCCGCAUCCUGCCCUGGUCGACUUUCCGCUUGAAUCUGAGCGUGACCACUCCAUACAAUGCUGAUUUUGACGGGGACGAGAUGAACUUGCACCUGCCACAGUCUCUGGAGACCCGGGCGGAGAUCCAGGAGCUCGCCAUGGUGCCACGCAUGAUUGUCACCCCCCAGAGCAAUCGCCCCGUCAUGGGCAUCGUGCAGGACACGCUCACUGCAGUGCGCAAAUUCACAAAGAGAGACGUCUUCUUGGAGCGGGGUGAGGUGAUGAACCUCCUGAUGUUCCUGUCCACGUGGGACGGGAAGGUCCCACAGCCAGCCAUUCUGAAGCCCCGUCCCCUGUGGACGGGCAAGCAGAUCUUCUCCCUCAUCAUACCGGGCCACAUCAACUGCAUCCGCACCCACAGCACCCAUCCCGACGAUGAGGACAGUGGUCCCUACAAGCACAUCUCUCCCGGGGACACCAAGGUGGUGGUGGAGAACGGGGAGCUGAUCAUGGGCAUCUUGUGUAAGAAGUCCCUGGGCACGUCUGCCGGCUCGCUGGUCCACAUCUCGUACCUGGAGAUGGGUCACGACAUCACUCGCCUCUUCUACUCCAACAUUCAGACCGUCAUUAACAACUGGCUGCUCAUCGAGGGUCAUACCAUUGGCAUCGGGGACUCCAUUGCGGACUCUAAAACUUACCAGGACAUUCAGAACACGAUUAAGAAGGCCAAGCAGGAUGUGAUAGAGGUCAUCGAGAAGGCUCAUAACAACGAGCUGGAGCCCACCCCGGGGAAUACUCUGCGGCAGACGUUUGAGAACCAGGUGAACCGCAUUCUCAACGACGCCCGAGACAAGACCGGCUCCUCCGCCCAGAAGUCCCUGUCUGAAUACAACAACUUCAAGUCUAUGGUCGUGUCUGGGGCCAAAGGUUCCAAGAUCAACAUCUCCCAGGUCAUCGCCGUCGUCGGGCAGCAGAACGUAGAGGGCAAGCGGAUCCCGUUCGGCUUCAAGCACCGGACCCUGCCCCACUUCAUCAAGGACGACUACGGGCCCGAGAGCCGAGGCUUCGUGGAGAACUCCUACCUGGCCGGCCUCACGCCCACCGAGUUCUUCUUCCAUGCCAUGGGGGGUCGCGAGGGGCUCAUCGACACUGCUGUCAAGACAGCUGAGACUGGGUACAUCCAGCGGCGGCUCAUCAAGUCCAUGGAGUCGGUGAUGGUGAAGUACGACGCCACCGUGCGCAACUCCAUCAACCAGGUGGUGCAGCUCCGUUACGGCGAGGACGGCCUGGCCGGCGAGAGCGUCGAGUUCCAGAACCUGGCCACCCUCAAGCCGUCCAACAAGGCUUUUGAGAAGAAGUUCCGCUUCGAUUACACCAACGAGAGGGCCCUGCGGCGGACUCUGCAGGAGGACCUGGUGAAGGAUGUGCUGAGCAACGCGCACAUUCAGAACGAGCUGGAGCGCGAAUUUGAGCGGAUGCGUGAGGAUCGGGAGGUGCUCAGGGUCAUCUUCCCAACCGGCGACAGCAAGGUGGUCCUCCCCUGCAACCUGCUGCGCAUGAUCUGGAACGCUCAGAAGAUCUUCCACAUCAACCCUCGCCUCCCCUCCGACCUGCACCCCAUCAAGGUCGUAGAGGGAGUCAAGGAAUUGAGCAAGAAGCUGGUGAUCGUGAAUGGGGACGACCCCCUGAGCCGGCAAGCCCAGGAGAACGCCACGCUUCUCUUCAAUAUCCACCUGCGCUCCACGCUGUGCUCCCGCCGCAUGGCCGAGGAGUUCCGGCUCAGCGGGGAGGCCUUCGACUGGCUGCUCGGAGAGAUCGAGUCCAAGUUCAACCAAGCCAUUGCCCAUCCCGGGGAGAUGGUGGGGGCCCUGGCUGCACAGUCCCUUGGAGAACCCGCCACCCAGAUGACCUUGAACACCUUCCACUACGCCGGUGUGUCUGCCAAGAACGUGACCCUGGGCGUGCCGCGACUCAAGGAGCUGAUCAACAUUUCCAAGAAGCCAAAGACCCCGUCACUCACGGUCUUCCUGCUGGGCCAGUCUGCUCGGGACGCCGAGAGGGCCAAGGACAUUCUGUGCCGCCUGGAGCAUACGACGUUGAGGAAGGUGACCGCCAACACAGCCAUCUACUACGACCCCAACCCCCAGAGCACAGUGGUGGCCGAGGACCAGGAGUGGGUGAACGUCUACUAUGAGAUGCCUGACUUUGACGUGGCCCGAAUCUCCCCCUGGCUUUUGCGGGUGGAGCUGGACCGGAAGCACAUGACUGACCGGAAGCUGACCAUGGAGCAGAUUGCCGAAAAGAUCAAUGCUGGUUUUGGCGAUGACUUGAAUUGCAUCUUUAACGAUGAUAACGCGGAGAAGCUGGUGCUGCGGAUCCGCAUCAUGAACAGCGACGAGAACAAGAUGCAGGAGGAAGAAGAGGUGGUGGACAAGAUGGACGACGACGUUUUCCUGCGCUGCAUCGAGUCCAACAUGCUGACGGACAUGACCCUGCAGGGCAUUGAGCAGAUCAGCAAGGUGUACAUGCACCUGCCGCAGACGGACAACAAGAAGAAGAUCAUCAUCACGGAGGACGGAGAAUUCAAGGCCCUGCAGGAGUGGAUCCUGGAGACCGACGGUGUGAGCCUGAUGCGGGUGCUGAGUGAGAAGGACGUGGACCCCGUGCGCACCACGUCCAACGACAUCGUGGAGAUCUUCACGGUGCUGGGCAUCGAAGCCGUGCGGAAGGCCUUGGAGCGAGAGCUCUACCACGUCAUCUCCUUUGACGGUUCCUACGUCAAUUACCGCCACUUGGCUCUCCUGUGUGAUACCAUGACCUGUCGUGGCCACUUGAUGGCCAUCACGCGACACGGGGUUAACCGCCAGGAUACGGGACCUCUCAUGAAAUGCUCCUUUGAGGAAACGGUGGAUGUGCUCAUGGAAGCGGCCGCGCACGGAGAGAGCGACCCCAUGAAGGGGGUGUCUGAGAACAUCAUGCUGGGCCAGCUCGCUCCGGCCGGCACCGGCUGCUUCGACCUCCUGCUCGACGCGGAGAAGUGCAAGUACGGCAUGGAGAUCCCCACCAACAUCCCCGGCCUGGGGGCCGCCGGACGACCUGUCGGAGGCGCGGGUCACCCGCUCGCCGCCACGCCGCCGCCGCCUCCUGGCCGGGUGGGAGGCUUCGCGCGCUGCCGGCCCCCGCCGCCCGCGCCGCCCCCCCUCACUUUCCCGUUGGCUGGGGCCCCCCACAACCCUGGCCCAGCGACGGGGCAUCGACGCCUGGCGCGGGGCUCCUCGUCUGGGUUGGAGGACGGUGCCUGCCUGCGUCAUGCCAGCAAUCGAGAGUGA